GCCAUUGACGCUAUCGGACCAAUGGCGGACGAGCAUCAUAUGCUGCUACGUCAUUGGCUCAUGAAAACUGACUUUACUCCGGCCCCCGGCGGCGGCGCCGGAGAACCCAAAUGGACUCUCGAAAGGAUUCUCGUCAGUCGUCACUCGUCAGUCAGUUCCCGAUGUGUUUAUAUCUAGUACACGCUAUGCAGUAAGACCUUGGCAAUAUUGAAGUUAUUUAGUCGAAAAAGCAUCAUCUCGAGCGAGAAGUAUUGAGCAACUCGAAUCAUUCCACGUGAUUGUUAUAAGCAAUUUGAACUCGUGUAUAUAUUCGCUGUGUGCACGAAAAGUGCAGCAACACUGUCGGCUUUAUCGAUUGGUCCCGCCAAGCGUCGCCCCCAUAUAACAACUCGGCGGCUUCCACGAAGUGACCAGUUGUCUUGUGUGAUUGUUUGUUCUCGAGGAGCGGAGGAGAACCGUGUGCUUCUUUCUUCUACUUAUCGUGCAGACGCACAAGUGCAUAUUCUCGAGGAGUCAUACUUUGUUUUGAAUACAAGGUAGUCAAAGUUUAUCUGAAGGCUCAAAAGAAUAAUUGUCAGAAUGGCUGAUUCGUCGUACGAGAAAAAUUUGACCGAGCUUUCUAAAAUGAAGGUGGCUGAUCUGAAAGCUGAAUUGAAACAAAGGGGACUGCCAAUUACUGGAAACAAGAAUGAGUUAGUAGAACGUCUUCAGUUAGCAAUUCAUGAUUCAUCACUUUCUCUUGAUGAAACAACCGAUGAAAUCUUGGAUGAAGAUGCAGUAUUGGGGGAUGAAGAAAUAGAGACUGAAGAACUGGCUACAAAACCCGAUUCACAAGCUACUCCAGAGAAGAGAAAACUAUCCACUGAUGAGAACAAUACUGCUACAAAGAAAAUUAUACUAAACAGAAAGAAUAUCAUCGAGGAGAUCAAAGUUGAUACGGAGAAAAAAAUUGAAGCAAGUAAAGAAGAAACUGAAAAAGAAGAACCUGAGAAAAAGGUUAUAAAAUUAUCUGAACUUAGCACCAAUGAGCGGUUAGAAAUGAGGGCAAAAAAAUUUGGUGUACCCUUGUCAGAAACUGCAAAGAAGGAAGCUCGCGCAGCAAGAUUUAACAUUACUUCAGAUAAUACAACUAAUAAUAGCAGUAAGUCAGCAGCAUCAAUCAAAAGCGCACCAGUACAUACAUCCUAUGAAGUACUGAAGAAAAGAGCAGAAAGGUUUGGUACUAAUGUUUCAACAAUUUUGGACAAGGCGGAACUAGAAGACAAAAUUGAAAAGCGCAAACAGAGAUUUGGAGAAGUGAAACCUAUUGAGAAAGUAGUUCCAACGAAAAUCAAACUUGUUAAAUGAUACUCAGUUAUAUACACUAAGUCAGUACUUUAGAUUAUGAUCCAUUUACGUUUAAGUUGUUCAUUUUUUUUUUUUUUUCAAUAAAUUGACACAUGAUAUGUACAUAUUACAAUUUUUAUGUAAUAAGAGACCAAAAAGGCAUAAGGUACAAAAUACAAUACGUAAAACAACUUUCAUUUAAAAAAU